AUGCGCUUGGAGGGGCGUGGCGCCGACAGGCCCACCUUCACCGCCGUGGUGUCCGUGUUGCAGGCGGACGGACGCUGGAGGCUGUCCCUGGGCAUCCUCGAAGAGAUGCAGGCCUCGCGUUUGGAGGCUGACAUCGCAACCUAUCGCGAGGCCAUCAAGACCCUCGAAGAGGAUACCUACUGGAGCAAAGCGCUCGACAUGAUCGAUGAGGUCCGAACGGUCCGUCUCCGGCCGGACCAGGAAACCAUCAGUGCUGCCAUGGAGGUCCUCCAAACGGCUCGCCAGACAGCCGGAGCACGGCGACUCGAGGAGGAGCUCUCCGUCCUGCGCCUGAAGGACCAGGACGUGGAGGGCAAGACCGAGGGACUCUCUGACAGGCACAGCCGGGGGAUUCUGCACGAGCCGGUGUUUGUCAAGGGGUCCCACUGA